AUGGAAACCGGGGAGCCCUCGGCUAGCGGAGCCGGCGAGGGCGCGCCCCGCUGUUGCCACCGCUUCCCGCCCGCGGGCCCGGAUCGUCCGCCGCGGCGCCGGGGCGCGGCCUCCGGCGGCGGCGCCUCCCCCAUCCCGGCCCUACCGCCCGCGUCUCCCCCGCUCCUCCCCUCCGCUCUCCGCCCCCCGCCGGCCCCGGGGCCGCGCUCGGCUGCGGGUGGUCCUCCCGGGUCUGGGUUCUCGUCUCCUCGGCGGGCCUCGGGCCCCCCAUCCCGCAGAUCUGCAAGCUUCUGGAGACCGUGGGUUGACGCCAUAGGCUACAAGGAGGAGGGGGCGUCGCAGCACGCGGCGGGGGCGAUGCCGGACGACGCCGGAGUGACCGAAGCCUCAGGAAAGCCUUCCCAAUACAGACACCCAGUCAGACUAUUUUGGCCAAAGUCAAAGUGUUAUGAUUACUUAUAUCAAGAAGCAGAAGCUCUUCUGAAAAAUUUUCCAAUUCAAGCCACAAUUUCAUUUUAUGAAGAUUCUGAUAGCGAAGAUGAUAUUGAGGAGCUGAUCUGUGAAAAUUAACCUGAUUAGUUACUUGUGAUGACAUUCAAAGCUUAUAGGAUUUAAAUUUAGUGUACAAAUGUA